UUUGACAUUUCUUUAACCUCAAAAAUGGUGGUGUCUGUUUUAUGAUCAAUACAUUGUAAAUUAAUUUAAAACAACCAAAUAUAUAUGUAAAUUAUGUGCAAAAACAAAACAUCUCAUUUUUAAAAUGCCUCCAUUUUGUCAUGUGUAAUUUUUCAAUUACACAUAGUUAUCAAAUAUUAAGGCAGAUUAGUUAGUCUAUUAAAUUAUCUAUUAGAUCGUGGACAUGUUUUAUUUAACCAUUAUUGCACCUUUUCUAUUAACAAUAGUGAAUUGCUCAGACUUGAGGCUAAUAGCAAGCACUCGUACCAGUGAGUUGUCAAGGUAUACAUCGUUUUCCAGUGCCAUUCUUUUAAUCAUAGAUGUACCUAAGGACAGUGCAUUUAUGUCAGUACAAUUUUCUGCAGAAGAGGAAAUAUAUUCUUUGCUUGGAAGUUGCGAACCAAGAAAUGUAUCAUUUUAUAUUAAGCCUGGGGCACCACCAGUGAUAAAUCCAGAUGGAUCUAAAUUUCCAAAAAGUUUUAGAAAAAUAAAGAGGAAUGAAAUUUACUAUUCAGAGUUUCUGAGUGAUAAAAAAUCUAACUACAUUAAUAUAACAGCCCCAGCUCCUGGCCAGUAUAUAAUGGCAACAUUUUUACAAUAUGAGGAUCCUCGAUAUCUGGCCAUAACACAACAAGGUCUAAAUUCUCAGUGUUACUGUUAUGUCUCAGUUAAAGUGUAUGUUAAGAAAACCGAAAAUCCACUAAUUAUAACAGAUGAAAAUAAAUAUGUGGCAUCUGGAACAAAGUCAGAAUCAAUAAUAUACAAAUUUUUUGUGCCCAAAGAUAUAGACACAUCUAUUUUAAUAUUAGAGGAAUUUUCUCCUGCUAAUAAAAAUGUUAUACUCAAAGCUCAAGUGAACAUGCUGAGUGUCCCUGACUCAAAUAACAAUUUAGGAUAUGUGGAAUUAAAUGAUACACAAAGAAAUGGAGAAAUAUUAUUUACAGUUGCUGAAGAAACAUGGCACUAUCUUAAGAUCUCAUUUAAUAAUACUGAAGACAAUAAUAUGAAGUCUGAAGAAAACUCUACAGUGACUUUUAAACUUCGUUUUUUCUCCAGUCUUGUACAUAUGAAGGAAAAUUUUACCAAAUACUUUGCAAAUGAAACAAUACAAAUUAUAGAGACAAAUAAUUCUAUUGUAAGGUCUCUUCAGUCACAAAUCACUGAUGUAACUUACAAACAAUAUGAUCUAAUUAAAGAUUCAGUCAGUGAUCCUUUUGUCUUUUCAUAUAUUUUAGAACAAGAAGUAGAUUCAACUACACCAGUAGGAAUAACAAUUGAUAAUAAUGUCUUGUCAGUUUUAAAAUUUCAUGUUAAUGCACAAGAUAUUGGUGGAACUAUGCAAUUUAUUCUGGCAUUCUCUUCAGUUUUAAAUAAGAAACUUCCUAAGGAACCUAGUGAUUAUGUGGUCGUUGCUUGCAUACGGCCGCAUAAUUUGGAAGUACCAGACAUGUCGGGUAAUUGUACUUUCAAUGGACUUUCAACUGCUUCACAGAUUGUAAUUAAUAGCACACUCACAAAUUCAUCUAUAUCAAUACCUUAUCCGGAAACUGGAGUUUGGUAUGCCUCAUUCCGGUUAUUCUGUGAUAAAUGUUCCCCGUGCUCUUGUUCUGAGGAUUGCAAACAACAGUAUAAUCACUGUUUGGUGAACUGUUUGAAGAAGUGCGUCAUGGAAGAGUGUGACCGUUGCGAAGAUACCUGCAGGGCGAACAUGAACACGAUGGAUAAUUGCACAGAAUGCAGUCAGUGUGAAGGUCCCUGUAAGAAAUCUAACAAGACAUGUUCAACAACUGCCGUUUUCGACAUAAAUAGCAGACCAUGCCUGUCCACUGGGUGCGGUAAGAAUGGCAAAUGUGUGUACAUGAUUACAGAUGGAAUAGGAUACUCCACAUGUGUCUGUUAUAACAAGUACCGAGGUUGGGAUUGCAGAGAUGAUACAUUGGCAACUCCGUAUUACAUGGUGGUGAUUGAAUUACUGCUGUUAGUCCUCAGUAAUUUGGCCUUCUUGCCUUCAGUAGUUUUCGCCUUGCGACGCAAGUAUUACACGGAGAGUUUGGCGUAUUUCUCAAUUUGUUUCUUUUCGUCAUUUUAUCAUGCAUGUGAUGCGGGUGAGAAUGUCCUCACUUAUUGCAUAAUUAAUUUGAGCGUCCUUCAAUUUGCCGACUUUUUCUGUGCCGUAUUGUCUAUUUGGCUCACAUUAAUAGCUAUGGCCGAUCUGCCCAGAAAAUUAACCAGUAUUUUCCAUAUUCUCGGUGCGAUUGUAGUGGCGGUUUGUACCACAGUCAACAAGACGGCCAUUUGGGUAUUUGCGAUGCCUAUUAUAUGUGGAGCUGUGAUUAUUGCCAUAAGCUGGUAUUUCAAGUAUAAAAAAGUAAAUUCAUGGUUUUGUAAAAAGGUAUAUGCAAAAAUUUACUUACCUAUGGGUAUUGUGUGGGCCAUACUUGGCCUGAUUAUAUUUGGGGUAUUAGAGACUGAGGAUAAUUACAAGUAUUUGCAUAGUUUGUGGCAUAUCAUAAUGGCAGUAGUUAUUAUUAUUGUACUGCCAAGAGAAGAUACGUUUCAACCUAAUAAUUUAAUUGGAUAUAAUUAAAACAAAAAUGUAAGGUUUGUUGUGAACAUUCCAGUGCCUAUUAGACCAAUUAUCAUAAAAAAUAUUGUAUUCCUAGUAUGUUGAAUUUCUAAUUAUGUAUAGCAUAACUAAAGCAAUUAAAAUGCAAUCGCUAACACUCCAAUGGUUUUAUAUAAACCAAUUUUUAAGAGAUCUAGUCAAUUUAUUAAUAAAUUAAAUUGUAUAGGCAUAUAAACGAUAAUAGUAGUUAUCAAAAGUAUAUAUUUAUUUUUUAUGUGACAAAUUGUAUUAAAACCUAUUUGACUGAAUAGAAAUAAAGACAAUAUAUUCA